AUGUCGGCUGCAGAAGAUGCUCACAGCCCGGACCAGCUGAAUAAAUUCGAGAAACUGUCAGGGAGGCCUCCUUUGAGAGUGGCAGGCUCUAAGAAGAGAGUUCACUGGCUUCAGUCUCGACGCAUCCUCACCCAACCUUGCCCCAGCCUCCGGAUUCCUAACAGGUUUUUAAGAGAAGGUCAUCGUGCUCCUCCAGCCCGAAGCGGUCACCGCUGCGUAGCAGACAACACUAACUUGUACGUGUUUGGCGGGUACAACCCAGACUACGAUGAGUCGGGAGGCUCAGAGAAUGAGGACUACCCACUGUUUAGGGAGCUCUGGAGGUACCAUUUUGCUACAGGCACCUGGCAGCAGAUCCGGACUGAGGGAUACAUGCCCACUGAGCUUGCCUCCAUGUCAGCUGUUUUGCACGGGAACAAUCUGCUGGUGUUUGGAGGUACUGGAAUACCGUUCGGUGAGAACAACGGGAAUGACGUCCACGUCUGCAAUGUGAAGUACAAGCGAUGGUCUUUGCUCAACUGCAGAGGGAAGAAACCCAACAGAAUAUACGGACAGGCGAUGGCCAUUAUAAAUGGCUUCCUUUACGUGUUUGGCGGGACGACGGGCUACAUUUACAGCACGGAUUUGCACAGGCUGGACCUCACCACACGCGAGUGGAUCCACUUAAAACCAAACAACCCCCCUGACGAUCUGCCUGAAGAGCGAUACAGGCAUGAAAUAGCACAUGAUGGGCAGAGAAUAUACAUUUUAGGAGGAGGAACCUCCUGGACCUCCUACCCUUUAGAUAAGAUACAUGCCUAUAACCUUGAGACAAAUUCCUGGGAGGAGAUAACUACCAAGCCACAUGAAAGAAUAGGAUACCCUGCUCCAAGGAGAUGUCACAGCUGUGUGCAGAUUAAAAACGAUGUGUUCAUAUGUGGAGGCUACAAUGGAGAGCUGAUCCUGGCUGACCUGUGGAAGAUCAACCUGCAGACCUUCCAGUGGACAAGGCUGCCAGCAGUGAUGCCUGAGCCUGCCUACUUCCACUGUGCUGCUGUUACCCCGGCUGGCUGCAUGUACAUCCACGGUGGUGUGGUUAACAUCCAUGAGAACAAGCGAACUGGCUCUUUGUUUAAAAUCUGGCUGGUUGUGCCCAGUCUGCUGGAGCUCUGUUGGGAACGACUGCUCAAAUCUUUCCCCCACCUAGCACACCUUUCCUCCAUGCAGCUCCUCAACCUGGGCCUCACACAAGAACUCAUUGAACGCUUGAAAUGAGCUCCCUGUGUGUGUGUGUGUGUGAGUGUAUGUGUGUGUGUGGACAUAGGACUGGACAAGAUGGCAUUGAGGCCCAAAGCCUGAAGAAAGAGCACAGGAUUCAUUUAAGGGCCCCCUCCCCACCAGAGCAGUCCUUCGACGUAGCCCGCCUUAAAACCAAAAACUAUGGGAUGCCUUUUUCUCUCGUUGCAUACGCACGAAACCAAGUGGAAUGUUUCCAGUUUGAAGUCCCUUCACUCCGUUUUUUUUUUUUUUUCCUUCUUAAUUCAAUGAAACUUUCGUGUCCUGAAAAUGAUUUGUUUCACUGUUUUAGAUUCACCAUGACCUUAUUCUGUUGGCCUUCCCUAGGUUAGGCUCAGAGACAUUA